CCUAAAAGCAGAACAUAUAUUACACCUGAUCAUUUUAACUACAGCUUCAGUCGUCUACUCAUAGUUGACGCCCUAAGUUCAUUUCGACGGUACUUCAAAUUUGUUUGACGAUCGUUUCAUAAAUUUGGCAACGCUUUCGCUUCGACAAGAUUGAAAGGAGAUCGGGACGAUAUCAUGAAGGUACUCAUUUUGAUCAGUGUUGUCGCCAUGGCGACCGUGGGCAACGCCCUCUACAGCUGCCCUCAGUUCUGGAACUUGUUCGAAGGUAACUGCUACCGUUACCAGGGGGAUAGAUUGACAUGGUCGGCUGCUGAAGCUAGAUGCAAUAGAUACUUUAACAGUGCAGGAAUGGGACAUCUAGCUUCGAUCCAUAGCCUUGCAGAGAACCGCUUCGUUUAUGAGAUGUUCAAAUCAAGCGUAUCCAUAAACGACAUUCCAAAUUGGGUGCAUAACCCAGUAGACCCCAAUCCAAUCUACGGGAUAUGGAUCGGACUUCACCAGACUGUGGCUGACGGGCCCUGGAAGAACUCUGACGAUACAGACCAGGACAAUUUCUUCAGAUGGAGGAGUCUAGAACCCAACAACAGCUACUACGUAGGUGAACAGGCGGAAGACUGCGUCCACAUCUGGCACUUUAACGAUGACUCCGACAUUCAACAAAAGUGGAAUGACAUGUACUGCAACGAGGUGAUGUCCUUCGUCUGCAAGAUGCCAGCGGACGGACAGAUGCGUCGCUAGACCUUUUCCAUAGGGGGGGGGGGUAGAGGCCACCGAUUACCGACAAAAACUAGCCACCAAUUACCCGACAAAUAUAUUAAUGCCAAUGUGCCAAUGUCUACAAAUUUAACCCUUAUAAACCCGGGGCCCAGGGGCACCCCGGGCACAUACAAUGAUGUGCUCAGAUCACUUUUUCUUCGCCCCUGAUAGGUUGGGUGUGUUGCAUCACACACCCUCCCCGUUAGCGACGCCUCUGCGGACGGGAGUCGUGUGAGUAAUAAGGGGUCGCCAUUUUCUUUUUGACACAGCGUGAGAUUGAGGCUACCGACCACCUGCCUGACAAACUUUAACCAAUCAUCAAUAGUAUCUAUUUUAGGUGUUAGUUUAAACUCUCUCUCUCUCUUUCCUUCUCUAUCUCUCUCUCUCUCUCUAUAUCUCUCUAUUAUCUACCUUAAUUGAUGGCGGGGUACCGAAAACUAUUCUAUCCUAUUCUAUGCUAGCUUGACUUGUAUGAAAGUAAAUUUAAAAAAUCUCUUCUUUGUGUCUCUUUCAUUUAGGUCAACACGAUUGUGUUUAAUAAGUACUGCUUAAGUUAUCAUGAUUUUAUCUACUGAAUAAUGAUGUGAAAAGAGGUUAUUUAUAAGCUUUUUACAAGUCUUAUUUCUAAGCCAGUAUAUCUCUAUCUAAUACAAUAUUUUUGUUACUUA